AUGACUACAAGCCAACCAACAACCGCCAGCCCACGUCUCCAAGAGAACCAUACGGGUGACACGGUCACUCCCUCGGACCCGUAUGUGAACGUCGUCUCGCCAAGACACCACGAUGAAUUGGAGGGACUGAGUCGGACACAGAAAUGGACACGUUCGUGGAUGGUGACGCGUUGGCGACUGUCCCGUACUAUCUACUCCGUUCCUCUUCCGAUGCUCACGGCUCGCUUUGAUGUCAAGCAAGGCGACCUGAUCCUCACUCUCCCGCUGCUGUUGAUCCUCCUCGCCGCUUCAGUGGUGCUUACCAACGAACAUGACGUCAAAAUGUCGGGAAUGCCACCGACAUUCACCAUGUUCCUCGUCUUUGGACUGGUGGUUCGCAACAAUUCGUUGUUGCUAACACUCACGGGUAUCCCCUUCGAACGCGCUCUGUUCUACCACAAGCUGUUCGCUUACGCCACGAUCAUCUUGACGGCACUGCACGCCUUCUCAUACCGCUUAUCAAACGAUGAUGGCGAGGAAGAGUACAAGGAUUCCAAAGUAAUCACAGGAGCAAUCGCGUUCGUGGCCAUGAUCUUCAUGUACUUACUGUCUCUAAACAAGAUUCGCCGCCGCUUCUUCGAGUUCUUUUUGCGUGUGCACUGGGUCCUCUUCAUCGUGGUUAUCGUGGCAGCUGUAGCCCACGGCGCUUUCUUUGCCCUCUUCGGGAUCUUGCCGUGGUUCAUCGACAUGCUCUACCGACUCAUAUUCCGUGCUCGCACAUACAAUCGGGGUUCUUCGAAAACAGAUAAGGUCUCAGCUGGAAUUGUUGCUCCGGAACAAGUGACCGUCCACGCUUUAUCGGGAGACAUUACACGCAUCCAGUUUCCACGUGUCCGCAAAGAUACCGGCGAGGCCUUAGAAUAUGAAGCUGGCCAGUACGCGUUCAUAUGCAUUCCGGCAAUUUCCUAUCUCGAGUGGCAUCCGUUCACAUUAUCUUCGUCUCCGAACGAAGCCAUGAAGGUGAGAACUGCUGCUAUUGACACUAACAAUGACUCCCCAUUUGACAUUCUCCUGGAUGGACCUUAUGGCAACGUUUCCGUCGAUAUCGCCACUCCGGGAGUGUACUCACAUUACGUUCUGUUCUCUGGCGGCAUUGGUGUGACUCCGAUGCGGUCAAUUGUCAACUGGUUGUACACUGAACACCGCGAAGGCUAUCGUCCUGAUAUCAAGAAUGUUCACUUCGUAUGGUCUGUACGCGACCGUGACCUUAUUCAAGCGCUCGUCGAUGGUACGGAGCUGCAUCAUGAGACUAACAACUGCGAAUCCUAUUUCCCACCGCGAAUCCAAGACGUGAACGAAGCAGGAAGCACGUUCUUUAGUGAUUUUUACCUCACGCGAGGUGAGAAGGACGUUGAAGCUCAACUCGACCACCAGCUCCGCAACUGUCUUAGAUAUGGUUCUCGCCCUGACGUGACAAAAAUUCUACGAUCCAUGGGUGAAAAGGCAAAGCAAGAUGACAGCACUCGAGUAGCUGUGCUGGUCUGUGGACCAAAGCCAUUGGUGAAUGGCGUCGUGGCCACUGGCAUGACCCUCUCCAAGGAGAUGAAGAUCCAGUUCGACGUUCACACCGAGUUGUUUGAUUUUUAG